GCUCCGUGCUGCGUCAUCGGGCGCCGGGCGCAAACGCGUUAUUCCGUGCGUGGCCGGCUCCGGGUGCGGUCGUCGAGGCGAGCGUGUUGGUCGCGGUCGUUCGCCAUGGCCUCCUCCAGCGGGACUCAUCCUUCCCCCGCCGCCUCAGGCGCCUCGCUCGCCCCGGCCGCGUCCUCCUCGGCUCCCCCCGCGGGUAUCCUCAUCGGGGACCGCCUGUACUCGGAGGUGUCGCUGACCAUCGACCACUCGCUCAUCCCCGAGGAGCGGCUCUCGCCGACGCCCUCCAUGCAGGACGGGCUGGACCUCCAGAGCGAGACGGACCUGCGCAUCCUGGGCUGCGAGCUCAUCCAGGCCGCCGGCAUCAUGCUCCGCCUGCCGCAGGUCAGCGCCGGGGGAGGGGGGGCGGCCUCCGACGGGGCCUACCGCGGAGCCCAAGGCCUCGGCCUCGGUUUUGUGAGCAGGGGAAGGAAAGUGAGGACGGGGAGGGCGCCGCCGCCACCUAAGGGCGCCUCUUCUCUUCUCCCGCCCGCGCUGACCCGAGACGGGGCUCCGUGAGGGGAAAGGAGGGCGCUGGACACAAGAUGGCGGCGGAUUGGCGACCUCGGCCUGCUUGACAGGCCCGGCGCCGAUGCCGCUUCCGGAAAAGGGAGGGUGGGAGGCGUUAGCUGGACUCCGCGCAUGCGCGCUUCGCCUGUUACUAACAUGGCUUAUCUUCCUGUCUCUUCCCCGCCGGGGGAUUGUCUUCGCAGGUGGCGAUGGCAACCGGGCAGGUGUUGUUUCACCGCUUCUUUUAUUCCAAGUCGUUCGUCAAGCACAGCUUCGAGGUGAGUUUUUUUGGUGGGUGUAGGCAGGCUUAAGGUUUUCGUUGGUUGUGGUUUUUUGGGGAGGGGGCGAGAGGUACUGAAGGCCAUUCAAACGUAUGAAGUGAGUGUUUUCAGUUAGGAUUGUUCACCUUGACUCCGCUCUUUUGCCUCAGGCAAGGAGUCUCCACAGCACUGUUUCUGGCUUGGGUGGUUUCUUUUUGGCAUAUCUCCCAUUAGGGUUAGCUCCUAGUCGUGUUUAUAAUGCGUUGUGUAUGAACCACUGGGGGAAACAAGUUUCUCACGGCAAUGGGCUUCUUUUUCAGAUUGUUGCGAUGGCCUGCAUCAAUCUUGCUUCCAAAAUUGAAGAAGCGCCUCGACGCAUAAGAGAUGUGAUCAACGUUUCCCAUCACUUGCGCCAGUUAAGAGCUAAAAGGUAAGAUCAGCUCCGCUUUUGGUAUACAUAACGUACCACUGUACACUGUCCCACUGUAAUGUAGUCCAAAGACUGUAGAGGUUCUGCUUGGGUAGGUUGGCUUGAUCAGGUUGAAGGUGAUAAACAGCUGACAUAGGCUUGAAUUUUGUUGAUUUUGUGUGUUAGUGUGGCUUAGUGGAUUGAAGUAUCUCUUAACUCUGGACCUUGAAAUGAGCUGGAUGAAGUCAGGUCUGAGCUAGUAUUGUUUGUUUUGCUUUGCUUUUUUGUUUUGUAGUGGAAACUUGUAGUUAUCUUUUAUUACAUCUUAACUUUACUGAAAAUGUAUAUUGGGUCUUGUUGGACCACUGUCCAUGUUUAGUGUAGUAGAGAGUAUAUAAUUGUCUCUCGAGCUCUUAGUAGAAGACUGAAGUUUACCCUAUUUACGUUUAUAGUAGUGGUUUUGUUGGGAAAGUUGACAGCUUGGUUUGGUUUACAGCAUAUACCUGUUUUAAUGGUAUCUUCAAGAUAUAAACAAAGGAAUCCUGGAAGCAAUGUGCAUCUAGAAUUACAGGAACAACACUUGUCAUUCAGCAUGAUUGUCUAUACAUCAGAUGAGUCUCAAUUUUGUGUGUGCUUUUGUGAUUGUUGUAGAGCUGUCCCUAUUUGUGGGUUUGUAAAGCUUUAAAUAUAAAGGAGUAAGGAAAGAUUAAACAUAGGAAAACUUGCACACUAUCUUGAAUAUUUUUUUCUGGAGCUGUCUCUUGAUUAAUUAGUAAACACAUAUAGGCUUGAUUUCAAUGAUAUCCUCACUACUUAGGGACAUUUUUAAGAGCUUAUUUUUCUUUGCCAAAUCUUGUGGGAUACUGAGGCAUCCUGAAAACAACAUACAAAUAUGUGUCUUACCGCUUAAAAGCAUAUCUAGGCAAAACAAGCUAUUUUUCAGAAAGGUAGAUUUAGUUUAUACACAGGUAACGUGCACAUGUACUAAUAUAUUUUCUUUUCAAGUCUUUUUUUAUUUUAAAAAGAAUAUUCAGCUUCAUUUGAAUGAAACAGUUGCACCUAAGACUUUCUCCCUCACUGUCUAGAUUUCAAGUGAAGUUAUAAUUAAUUAAUAAUAUAAAUAUUCCUUGGCCAGGCAGGAUUUGAAAAGUAGCAUGGCGGGUAGAUGAAAAACAUAAUUCUUUAAAAAAGAAGUCUUCCCAUAAAAAACCUGGCAUGUCAUGUUGGGUGCUGAUGUCUUACUCAAGCAGAUGUACUUUACUUGAUUCAUUUUUAGCUAACUUAAAAACAAAUACUGUCUGAAAAGUCUGGAGCAAGUCAAGUCUAUAAGAAAUCUUACAUUUUUGGCAUGCAGGCUCAUUUUAAAAAAUGGGAUGAAAGCAUUAUUCUGUGCGUGUUACAGUUUUACAAACAAAUCAGUUGUACAUGUUAUUAACUUUAGCUCUUUUUUCCCUUGCAACCGACUAUACAGCGACCAGCUACAUUUACCAAAGCCUGGGUGAUGUGGAGUGGUUCAUAGAGAUGAAGCUGUCGUCAUGGCAACAGUGAGUGACGUAUGGAAAAUCCCCAAGGAGAAGCCAGUGCUCUGAGAAUAGGUCACUGGAAUCGGGGAACUGACAGGUUGGCCGUUGCUGAACCAUUUGGAAGAACUCCUGUAUCUUGUUUUAAGCUUUCAUCUUUGCUGUCCAGGUUUUUGGAAAUUAGCCAAAUGUUAGAAUUUUAACUAGCAAAUUUAGGUAUGCUGUGCUUAAUAGUUUGUCUGUCACAUUUCAAUGCUUUAUUUUGUGUAUUUCAUGAAAUCUUCACCUUUAAUGUAGUUCACUCAAGUACAAUUGUAGUAUGCGUUACUAAAAUCUAGUACUCAAUGGAAAAAAGACUCAUUAGAAAAGUUUUUACUUUGGAAUGCAAAAAGUGGUUGAUGUUGUAUAGCACUGACUGCCACAAACAUGCAAAUUUAUGUUUAAGAACAUAAAUAGCAAUUAAUAAACCAAUGCUUUUGCUGCUGCCAAGGUUAUUCACAAUUAGUAAAUUUUGUGCACAUUCUAUAUGAUUAAUGUACAGUUUUGUAACAACUGGGGGAAAUAAAUAAUUUAAAAGUAAUAAGCAUUGCAAUCAUAGGCAGGUGUGCACUAAAGAAUCGAUAUUUUAAGUUCUCUGCACAUGGAAAUUUUUUACUGGGAGGAGCAACAUCUCAUUUGGCUUUGCUCGCCUGGAGUAAUUCUCAGCAUCUCCAGUUAAAAAAGGAUCUUUGGUAGUUAGGCUGGGAAAGCUGCUACAAAAGUCCAUUGUCAGCAGACAAGAAUGGUUGGAUUUUUCUCAACAGUACAUAAUGUUAAUGUGAAUCAUUUUGAAUUAGCACAUUUGUGCAUGCAUUGGAGCUGUCACAUAAUUUGUAUCAAAGGCUAUGCCCACCAACCAACAGCAGUGAAAACAAAAAUAUAAUUUUCUCUUUGCUUGUACAUAUUACUGCAUUCCUAGUGGGUUAAGUCACUCUUCUUUAGUAUUUCACAGGUUGGGGCUUAGAUCCUUAACCUGACACCUUUUUAAGCAGAAUUUGAAAGCGUGUCAUCAUAACACAUGCCAUAUCUGCAAAUAUACAUGAAUGUUGAUGGGCUGUUCGAUGUAACAUCUGGAUACACUUAUACAAGGAAUGUUAAAGUUAAUUACCUUGCAGGCUUGCUGCUUGAUCCCAAUCAUGUGCAUGGUUUAAGUGGAAGCAAGUCUCGCAAGUGAGGAUGAAAUUAAUUGGGAGUAACCUCUGUUGAACUCUAAAGUCAGACUUUGAUUUGAUAUGCACGUGUAACCGAUAAGAUGCCUUCUGCCAUCUUAGUAAGAAAUGCUUCCCCUUGUUGAGCCAUUAUUCCAGCCGUGAAGCAGUGGAGUGAAAUUUGUGGGAAAGUUAUUUCCUCAGGGUAUUAUUAUGCUUCAGAGAAUCAUGUUCUUGUCCCUUUAAAAUUGUAAUAAUUACACUUUUUAACACAACUCUAAAUUUAUGCAGUGCCAUGGCUGUUUUCAGUGCCUAAUAUGUAAGCAUAGCUGAUGUAAUUCUUGGUUUGAUACGAAAGCACCCUUUUUGCAUUCUUAUUGUUAAUACUAUGGUGAACUCUACACACAACUGCAUAAAGUUUGCAUAUGCCAAUCAUUCCAGUUGGAAUGCUGUCUAUUUAGGAAGAGCACUAAUGUGGUCUUUAGUCCUUUUGAAAGGUAUGUUGUAUUCUGAUAGCUAACUCUAACUUGACCUUGUAUUUAUCCACUCUCCUGGUAACCAUAGUUAACAAGGAAUUCCAUGCAGAGAGAUCUCCUAUCAAUACUAGUCUGAUUCCCCCCCCCCCCCCCUGUGUUGCCUAUAUAGGAAGGGAAGCCUGUCACUGCCUGUCCUUUUGCCAGCUGAGGGUAUUCUUAAAAGUAGUCUCGUAAGAUGCUAGUAACCUGCAUUUUCAUAGUAGGUGCAGAGAGGGGGGCUUCCACUCUUCCCUGCCCAGCGUAGAAAUGUAGGAUAGCUAGCCACUUUGCAGUCUGUGGGCUUACUUCAUUUAACUGGACAGGUUGCAUAGAGCCCAACAGGAGUUUGGUAUGUAGUUAAAAUGCAAAAAUGUAAUGACCACAACCCAGGACUCUGUAAGCCCAAUAAUUUACAUGCUAUUGCAAUAAAUAUAAGAUCUUAAAUUUUUUGGUACACAGCUAAUCCGGUAUCUUGAGACAGUUUCUACAAUCUUUUUUUGGCUCUGUAAGGUGGCAUCUAUUCCCCCUCCCAACUACUUUUUCAUAAAAUAUUAUGGGUAUUCAGGUUAACAAGUUGCCAAGUCUAAUAACAUUUGCAUCUAAAUUAGAAGUAAAUUAAUUUGUGAAAUUAAAAAGGUAUAUUUCUCUGUCAGAAACAGUUUAGUAGGGCUGAUAUUGCAAAUAUACAUUUUGAGACAUUUAGUAACUUGCAUUAAGUUGUGGAUAGGGUAGCUCUGCUGGUCUGUAACAGCAAGAUGACUGAGAGUUACAUUUGGAGCAGGGUGUGUGUGAUAAUGAACGUUCCUCUGAGAAGUAUAUAGUGCAUCAACAUUCUGCCUUACAAAUAUUUGAAUUAACCUUGGGCAGUAUACCAACAAGACAUGGAAACAGGAAAUACCUGUAUGUUAUGAAGCAUCUUUCACAAGUGCUAGUAUACAGAUUUCUUAAGGUUUUCUAGGUUGAGCACAAGGUAAAUUUAUAUCAGUGCACAGAAUCUUACAGCCUGUUUUGCCUAGGUUAGUUCUGUUGCACUACCAAAUAAUUUAGUGAAGCUAAGCUGUCUUCAAUGCAGUAAUGUGCAUUUGGUUUUUGGAUCAGGAUAAUCUAGGAAAUAUAUAGUGCAACCUCACUAUCAAGUUUUCUUGAAUGAAGUGUCGUUUUGCCGUAAACAGCUAAAGAAGGCAGUUGUUUGAAUUGCUUUUAUCCCUGUUCUAGUUAAAUGCAGGGGCAGAAUUCAGAUGAUUGUGCUGUAGACAGUUUAUGAUUCUUAUACAUAAAAGGAUUUGAAACGCUUACCUCCUUUAAAAAAAAGCUCCAUAAUCUUCAGUCAGUUUGCUGAAUGUCAAACAUUGUAAAAUGCAGUAAGUAGUACUGAUUGUGUAUAUAGUUCAAUCCCUGUGCAUGAAGCUUUAGAAUAUAAGAGGACACAUCACUACCUGAAGAUGUUUACAGUCUCAACAUAAAACAAUGGAAAUGAAGGUAGGGGAAUACACACACACUGCGCACAAGCAACCUAAAAUAUUUUAAUAUUAAAAUAGUAUUCUGUGUGCAUCUUUAUGUAGAAAGGAAUUCUAUUGCUUAUGGAUAGUACACAACUAAUGAGAAGAGAUUUGUUUUAAGGCUAUCCAUAACCAAUAUAAGUCAUUCAUACAGAAAGAUGCUUGUAGAAGACUCCAUAAUAAUGCCACAGUAAAAUAUUUUUAACUUGCUCCUUGCAAGAUACCGGUAGUUUAAAUUUAACUAACGGAGAACAGUAUAAUGUUGCCUCAGCUGUAUUAACAAACCAGGUUAUGUGCUUUCUUAGCAAUUUGUGACAUAGAUACAAGAUAAAACAGAUUAUAGGGAUUUAGAGGUAGGGAAUAUGUUCAUAAUAAUUUAUUGCAUAUACCCUACACAUCUUGACUGGUUUUCCCUAGCCACCCUCGGGAAAUAUAUAAGAAACAUAACGAAACAUCGAACAUUAAAAACCUGCUGAUACAGGGCUGCCUUCAGAUGUCUUCUGAAAGUCGUGUAGUUGUUUAUCUGUGUAACAUGAUGGGAGGGCAUUGGACAGGGCAGGUGCCACUACUGAGAAGGACCUCUGCCUGGUUCCUUGUAACUUCACUUCUUGCAGUGAGGGAACCACCAGAAGGCCCUCUGAACUGGACCUCAGUGUCUCGGCUGACCAGUGGGGGUGGAGACGCUCCUUUAGAUAUACAGGGCAAGGCCGUUUAGGGCUUUCUGAUAACAUAGUUCUCGUUACUGUAGCAUAGUAUUCAUUUUUUUUUGUUAGUACGUUUGAAAAAAUAAGUUUACAUACAAUUUAAGAAAUCAAGAUUAUUCUGUGAUCAAGAUAAAUGACUGAAGCAUAGCUUUGUUUUAUUUCCCAUGCAUAACACAUUUAUUUUUACAGAUGUUGAAACUACAGUGGUAAUUUGAAUGAUGAAUUCACCACUAUGCUCCUUUUCAGAGAAUGGAAUCUUCCCAAAAGACAUCACUAGGAAUUACUUGGAAUUUAGCCUUGUAUCUCAUCUCUUUUAUGUGAAGUGAAAUGUUUUUGAAUGUGAAAUUCUGAAUGUUAAUAGGAAAGCUUUUUAAAGUUAACAUAGUUGUACUAAAUUAGUUAACUUGGACAGCACAAGAUUAAAGCUAAAACUUGUUUGCAGGAGUUUAGAAUCUGGUUUCUGUUGCCAUUAGUUGGUUGGAAGGGAAAACAGAAAAGCCGUUGUCUUCGAUAUAGAAAACCGUUUUGACUCUAUUUCUUACAAACUGUAGGACUCCAAGCCCAUUGAUACUUGAUCAGAACUACAUAAACACCAAAAAUCAAGUAAUCAAAGCAGAAAGGAGGGUGCUGAAGGAAUUGGGAUUUUGUGUUCAUGUCAAGCAUCCACAUAAGGUGAGUCCACGAAAGUUUCUUCAAUAUUGAACUGCGAAAAUGUCUUGAUGGUGACAGGAAAGGUAAACAAUUCCUAGAUAUGACAACCUGUAUAACUCAAGAACACAUGCCUGUUUCUAGGAAGAGGGUAAAACUCCUAAUUGUAAGCUAAGGUUAGGGGGAGUGGAAUUUUGAAUUUUCAUCAGAAAUGGGGGUUGAUAGAUAGGAGAUUUAAGAUUUAAGUUUGCCUUGCUUUAUGUUCAAGAUGGAUGCGAGUACAGAUGUUCCUUAACAUUUAAAUGGUGUUUUAAUUACCUUUUUGUUUUUCUUCCUCUCUCAGAUCAUUGUUAUGUACUUACAAGUCUUAGAAUGUGAACGUAAUCAAACACUCGUCCAAACAGCCUGGUAAGUUUUCCUCUUCUCUCUCUUAGCCAGGAAAAUAGUAGCAGAAAAAAAACAAGCUUGGUGUCCAAUAUACCAAAGAAUGAACUGUAAGUUUGUAAACGCUUUGUGAAAUGUGUGUCGUUGCUUGUUUUCUGCCUACUAUUUUCGUGGCUUUCAUAGCACAUUUUCUUGGAGAACUCAAUUUAACUUUGUUCUUUUUUCUACUCUUUGAUUAAAGGGUAGCCUCUGAUGGUAAGUCAUAGAACUCUGCCCUCUGCACCACAGCUCAUGACCUGAGGAUGGCCUGAUUGGCUGCCUCUCUCUCCAGCCAGUGCAGUGCAAGCUCUCAGCCAAGAUUUACUGAAGUGGUCCAUAUCCAUCUGGCAGCAUCUUCUAGUUCUGUCCGGGUGUCAAAAGGAUUUGUAUAUCUGAUUCUAGAAGUAUCUGUUCAACAUACAUAUGAAAUGUGUAUUUGUUUUCCUAGUUAUGACAUGACCUGUCAACAUAAAUGGUAAAGUCUAGCUGUAGCACGGAUUCCUAAUUAACUGCUUUUCCAGUUUUGUCUCAAUUUGGAUUCUAGUGGUUGGGGGUUUUUUGGUGGUGGGUUGUGCAUGCAGAGGGACUAGCACAUGCCUAACUAUUUACUGGUUUGUGUAUUGAGCAUAUUUUUCGCAACCAGCAAACAUCCACAGUAGAUUAGUUGGCAUGUUUGGAGGUCUCGCCCUUAUGUUCAGAAGCAAACGUUUAUUACUAAAUUCUGAAAUAACAAUUUUGAGCACCAACAUUUUCGGUGAUUAAGAAUGUUUUUAAUUUGUUAGAACUUGACUUCUCAGAGUUUUUAUAGUUUAUAUUUGUAUCUCAUCUAUAUAGAUGUCAUUCACUUUGUAAAGUCUUUGCAGCCUCUCUGCACAUGAGGCCAUUAAAAGUCCAUGGAAACAGCUGAUAAAAAUGAUUUAGCAAGUUCCAGUCACAUCCCACUGUUUUUAGUAGAAGUGUUAAGCACAUACUUAAUUCAUUCCCAUGACGUAAUUGGAAUGCACAAGUGCUUAACCGUUUACAAAAAUAAUAUGAAGCUACAUUUGUAUAUAAAUUUUAUGAAAUGAAGUGCAUAUCCUGUAGAUCUUGUUUUUACAUUGUAUCAUAGGAGAUGCAUUUAGCUAUUGUAGUUGUUGACACACUAAAUAAAACAUACUGAUUUGUUCGACAAAAGAAUGAAUUAACAAUUUAAAUAUGUAGUUUUUAAAGUGGUCAUGUGAACAGAUGAUUUUAGAGUUAAAUCUUAGUUGAUGGACACUUCAUAGAAUAAUCAUGAGUUACAUAAUAGUAUGCAAAGCCAUAGUGAGGACUUGCAUUUCCUUGUAGUGAUAAAGAUUGAACUCAAGAUAAAACUUAGCUUGUACUUUCCUGAGUUCUAGAGAGAUGACAAGAGCCUGUAUGUUGGAAUGAUCCUGGGGCAUUUGAGGCAUUCUGUCUUUAAUACUUACUUUGACGUUUUGGAAUCUAAAUUAAUAGUAUGAAGGAGAAGAAAAAAUAAUAAAGUAGAUUGAGUCUCCAACUUCAUGUUUUUGAUUUCAUAAAUAGGCCUUAGAACUUGGAACAAAUUCACAUUCAUAUUUUUCAGGAAUUACAUGAACGACAGCCUCAGAACCAAUGUAUUUGUUCGAUUUCAACCAGAGACAAUAGCAUGUGCUUGUAUCUACCUUGCAGCUAGAGCUCUACAGGUAAGAAUUUGUUUUCUGUUUUCACUCAUACCUUUAUCUCAACAAUCUUUAAAUAAAAUUGCCUAGUUUCAGAUUCUGACCCGUUUUUGUAAUAAUUUCUCCUCCAGAUUCCUUUGCCUAACCGUCCCCAUUGGUUUUUGCUUUUUGGAACUACUGAAGAAGAAAUUCAAGAGAUAUGUUUAACAACACUUAAGUUGUAUACGAGAAAGAAGGUAACUGUCAGUGUACUUGCAGGUGUUGUGAAAUGUACUAUAUACAUGCUAAAAGAUGUGCUCCUCUUUUAGGGAGUUGGGGGGGGGUGUUGCAAUUUCUUACACAGAAAUAUUUUAAAAUUUAUAUCUAGAAUCCUUCACCCCACACCAAGUGUGUAGGAAUGUGUGCUAUACUUUUGAGAGGCUCUGUUUUGCUUCCAAACUCAGCCAUUAGAGGAGGGUCUGAACAGCCUGGAACAGAAGCUGUGUAUUUCUGGGAGCAAAUUCAAGCAACCCUGAUGCAAUUGCUAAGUUGUAUAAAUUCCAGGACUCUGCUGCAUGGACGCUGCUAGCAUGCUAUGAUAAAGUAAUUUAAUUUUAAGCUCCAUUUUGGCAAUUGACAAGGUUUAGUAUUUUAAUUGCUUUUUAAAACUUGUAUUUUAUUUUGUAUGCCUCUUUGGCCACAAUCGAAAGGAAGGGUGGAAUAAAAAAUUAAAUAAGAUCUAUUGCUAAAAAUCAAAGAGAUACAUGUGUGUGUUUAUAUGCCCACUCUGGUUCUCCUUGCAGCCUAACUAUGACUUACUUGAUAAGGAAGUUGAAAAGAGAAAAAUGGCACUUCAAGAAGCUAAACUAAAAGCAAAAGGAUUAAACCCGGAUGGAACGCCAGCCCUUUCCACAUUGGGAGGCUUUUCACCUGCUUCCAAGCCCUGUAAGUUUUUUGUAACAAUGUCCACUUGAUUCUGCGUCUACUUACUUAAUUCUUAAAAGAAAAAUUGGAGCAGAAUUAGCAGUCCCUGAAUGUCUGACUGAGCAAAUAUUACAGCCUUUAUAUACAGGCAUCUCCCCACUUACAUGGUUUCCAGGUACUGCGUGGAUAUGUGAAAUAUAGGGAAACACCCUAUAAACCUUUGGAAACCCCUUUAAAAAGCCAGCAGUACUUGCCAAACUGACAUGAAUGGUGACUGUCUUCCUCAUUACCAGAGGACUCCACUAAGCUCCGCCUCAGGUGCUCCCACCAAACCUCCUUUUUCAAACUCUCAGCACUCCACAGGCCUCAAGAGUCUGUGCAAAAACUCUCAUGGAAUUGCUAGCUGUUUUCCUGCUCUUUUUGUGCCAUUCUUAAGAGUUUAACUUGAUUUAUUGAAUUAUUUACUGGUACCACACAUAUAUACAGUCAUGCACAUGUGGUAAGAUACCUGUGCUAAACAUUUUUAAGAUGAAAAUGAAUUAAAACUACAUUAGAAAGAAAAUUGGGGGGGGUGUGACAUCUUAUAGGAGUAAGAAAUUAAAUGUAAUUCUGUCGUGUGAUCAGAACCUUGUUUGAUGCCAUUUGUAGAAACUUAUAUUAGCAAAUUCACUAUAAAGUAUAAUGUCAAGAGUUCUGUUUCUUCAACAUUCUUACCUAAGUUACUUCAAUUCAUAGGCUCUCCAAGGGAAAUGAAAGCGGAAGAGAAAUCUCCGUUGUGCAUCAAUGCAAAAAUUAUCAAAAAAGAACCAGAAGACAGACAAGUGGUUUCCAAGAGCCCUUACAAUGGGUAGGUAGCAGUCUGUAAAAUAUGAUUUAUUCACUUCAUUCUAAGUUGUAUGCCGUUAUGUGCAUUUGUAAAUUGAUAUGAUGCUUACUUUUUUAAUCCAGUAUGAGAAAAGAGAGCAAAAGAAGUAGAAGCAGCAGAAGUGCUAGCAGAUCGAAGUCAAGAACAAAGUCACGGUCCAGAUCCCAUUCCCCAAGGAGACAGUGAGUAUUUAAAUAAUGGUUAAAUAUAACUUAAAGUAUGCUUUCCUUCUCCUAUAUUUUUCUUAAGGGAAGCUUAGUAACAUGAAAAUAAAGAGCAGUUAAGGGCUUCUAAUGUGAAAAUAUCACGCCUUCUGCUUUGAGACAACAUACAAAGUUACUAAAGCUGUUUGAGUAACUUUUAUGAUUAAGCAUCAAAAGUUGGCAACUUAUAAGCUCUUGGAACACUGAAAUGAAAUAAUAAAUAUCACCACAGUGUUUCAGCUUAAAUAUGCAAUAAAAACAAGAUUAUCUUUUGUGGAUUUGGUAUAUGUGACCUAGCCACUGCUGUGCCAGUAAACUAAAUUUUGCCACCCUACUUAACUGAAGAAAUCCUGCAUGAAAUAACAUUUAUGGGGGUUUAUGUAGCCGUGGGAUUCUCCCAAGAGGACAGAUGUAAUAAAUUCUUGCACCUAAGAAAUCCUGUCUGUUACAAAUUUGAAAGCAAUUUUUAUAUAUUGUAGACAGAUACAGAUAUGAGUGAGAAUCUCAGGUGUCUGAUACGGUUUUCUUUGGUAAUGAGCUGGGGUGCUGUUUCACAUACUGUAGGCAAUAGAUAAUUUGUGUAUUGUGACAAGUUUAAUUUUUAUUUUGCAAAUAGUACAAUUAAGAAACAGUAACAAAGCAGGGGUGUAUAUGUGUGGAAAGCAGUGAUAAGUAUUGAAAUCAGAUAAACAGUAAGGAAAACAGCUGAUACAGCCCCUCCAAAAAACCAGCACAAGUAGUAGGAGGUCAUCUCUCAAGGGAGUUAUUCAUGAAAAUUAGGAACAAAAGACCACGUAGUGUCAAGUUGAUUAGAUGUAGAUGCUGUUUCACAUCGCGUAAGCAGUAGACAGUUUUUACACUGUGCAAGUUUAAAUACUGUGCUGUUUUGCAUUUUAAGUUACAACAAUAGACGGAGUCUCUCUGGAACCUACAGCUCAAGAUCCAGAAGCAGGUCACGUAGUCACAGCGGCAGUCCUCGGAGGCAUCAUAAUCAUGGAUCACCACAUUUAAAACCCAAGCACAGCAGAGAAGAGUUGAAAGGUGCAAAUAGACACGGUCACAAAAGGAAAAAGUCUCGCUCCCGUUCUCAGAGCAAAUCCAGGGACCACACAGAUGUUACCAAGAAACACAGGCACGAGCGAGGACACCACAGGGACAGGCGAGAGAGAUCUCGCUCGUUUGAGAGGUCGCAUAAAGGAAAGCACCACAGUGGCAGUCGCUCAGGACACAGCAGACACAGGCGCUGAUGGGGCAGAUUGAACUGUCCUUUACUUACACUUGCAUAUUAUACCACGUGCGGGACUGUUUGAAACUUGAAAAGAAGUCAAAUUAGGAUUUGAUUUGAAGCCCAACACCUUCAAUGAGUAGGACUUUUUUUAAAAAAAGGUGUUGAAUUUUUGCACAUAAAAUACCUUAGCAGUAUCAAACUGAUUUAAAACAAUGAUCAGGUUAAAUUGUAUGUGUUAGAGUUGUAUCAAUAUGAAAACUGGAGAAUUUGUUUCUGUACAAAUGUACCUUAUUUUUAUACACACAUACUGCAGACAUUUCUAUUUAAGUAUAGUUAUUUGUUUAAAAUAAUGGUGAAUACUUUCUUACACUGGUUUUAGUCUGCAUGUGUGAAAACCUUUUUACAAGAAAUAAAAUAUACCGACUGUUCUUUUUUUUUUUUUUAAACUACUCUGUUGAAUACCUCAUUAAAUCAUCAAAAUGUGGAAUUUUUCAUACC